GGGGACAGAGGAGGAGAUGGCUGACUUUGUCUCCUUGGUACUACGCCGGGGAGCGCGCCAGCACCCCUGAGCUUUAAAAGGACGAAAACCGCAGUGACUCCCGAGACCCAGGCUUCCGGCCAGAUGGCUCUUCCCAUUUCACUGAUGACGAAAGUGAGGUUUUCUUAACAGGCCCUGCCCAGGGGCCCCGCUAAGAGAUGGUGGCAAGCGAAGGGAGAAUUCCUGGGAGACCCCGUCCUCCAAAGGGGCCUCCUUAACAGCUGUCCUGCCGGCGUGGCCAGCUGCCCAGCCAGUUCCAGUCCCUUUCGAAGCCCGCGCCCGUCCCGCCUCGCGCUCCCAGAGCCGGUCCUGCUAGGCUCCCGGGACCCCGCCCGCGGGAUGGAGUUCUCGGAGCUGAUCCGCACUAGCCGGGCCCAAGCCAAGCUCCAGCGGGGCCCAGAGGCGCCCCCGCUGCGCGGCACGCUGUGCGUCACCAGCCACCACCUGCUGCUGUCCCCGGGGACCGAGGCGAGUCCGGACCUGUGGAUGCUGCUGCUGCGCAGCGUGGACUCCAUCGAGAAGCGGGUCGCGGGAGACUCGGGCACCAUCACGCUGCGCUGUAAGGACCUGCGGGUGCUGCAGCUGGACAUCGAGGGCGUGGAGGCGACGCUGGAUAUCGCCCGCUCCAUCGAGGCGUUGUCCUCUCUGGAAUCGGUCAUCACCUCCUUUCCGUUCUUCUACCGUCCCAAGGGUCUCAGACUGGGCGACGCCUGGCACGUCCACCCGCCCGAGGGCUACUACAAGCGAGUAGCUCGCGAGGUCUGGCUCUCACCCCUCCCUGCACCACAGACCAACGCGUGGCGGCUGAGCGAGGUGAACGAGGACUUCAGCUUGUGUCCCAGUUACCCCCGCGCCUUGAUCGUGCCUCGCUCGGUGGACGACCAAGCCCUGGCGCGCAGCGCCCGCUUCCGCCAGGGAGGUCGCUUCCCAGUGCUCAGCUACCACCACGCCCCCAACGGCACCGCUCUGCUGCGCUCCAGCCAGCCCCUGACCGGCCCCCAGAAGCGGCGCUGCGCCGAGGACGAGGAGCUGCUGCGGGCUGUGCUGGCGGGAGCUCGCCCUGGGGCCCGCGGCUUCAUCAUUGACACGCGCUCUGCCCAGGCUGCUAAACAGGCCCGCAUGACUGGCGGCGGCACGGAGGCCAAGGCCGCCUACCCUGGCUGGAAACGGCUGCACCGGCCCCUGGAGAGGGGGCGGCCCCUACAGGAGAGUUUUGUGCGCCUGGUGGAGGCCUGCGGGGACCCGGAGCAGAGCAUGGACCGCUGGCUCAGUCGGCUGGAGGGCUGCCGCUGGCUGGCACACGUGAAGGAGGCACUGGGCACCGCCUGCCUGGCAGCCCAGGGCAUGGAGAGGGAAGGAGCCUGCGUCCUGGUGCAUGGGGCCGAAGGCACGGACAGCACCCUGCUCGUGACUUCACUCGCCCAACUCAUUCUGGAUCCCUUGAGCCGGACCAUGGCUGGAUUCCAGGAGCUGGUGGAGCGCGAGUGGAUCCAGGCCGGCCACCCCUUCCAGCUGCGCUGUGCCCACUCGGCCUUCUCCCACGCCCGCCCCAAGCAAGAGGCGCCCACCUUUCUCCUCUUCCUCGACUGCGUGUGGCAGCUGGGUCGCCAGUUCCCGCUGUCACUGGAAUUUGGGGAGGGGCUGCUGUUGGCGCUCUUUGAGCACGCCUAUGCCUCCCCCUUUGGCAGCUUCCUUUGCAACAGCGAAAAGGAGAGGGGCCUGUGUGAAGUGAGGACGCGAACCCACUCGCUGUGGUCUGGGCUCAACCAACUGAAAGAGCAGCGGAAACUCCGGAACCCGCUCUAUGCCCUCAAUCCCUUAGCCAUCUGGCCCUCUGUGGAGCCCCAGAGCCUGCGGUUGUGGCAAGGCCUGUUUCUGCGCUGGACCCGCCCACCCGAGCCCUCAGAGACAGCCUGGGAGAAGGUGUGGCAAAUAGUGACAGACAGGGAGAAGACAGAAGGUUCAGCCUGAGCCCUAACUCUGAGUGCUGGCUCCUGGACAGUGGCUGAGCCCCUCCUGAGACCCCUCCAGACCUCAAAUGCAGUGCCUGGAUCCAGGCAGCCCAUAUACUGAAGACUGAAGUGUCUAAAUAAUAAAGAUAUCCAUG